AUGGCUGACGCUACCGUGAGCUACCGUCAGGGCCGCUUUGAAGGACUGAUCCCGCUUUUCCUGGCGAGCGAAGAGGCCCCUCGCAACACGCCGAACCCCGUCUUUCGGUCCCGCAACUUCUGCCUGGUGGUCUUCUUCGUGAUCGCCAUCAUGACCGCGGCGUGCGCCUGCGCCGCCGUCGUGGCGGCCACGGCGGAAUACUUCCGGUCAGCGUCCUCGGACACGGCCCGGAGUGGCGAGGAAGAAGCCGUCGCCAUUCCCAAAAGGUCAGCUCGCGUAGCCUACCAGCGGCUCUCGCAAGACGCGCCUCGCAAGCUGGUCUUCUGUUUUGUCAACGCCAGCUUGCCGUCGGGGUCGCCGCGCGCGUUUGACGUCGACAACGUAUCUCUUGCACUCUGCGACGCGCUCGUCUACGUCGCGGUCGGCUUGGACCCCGAGGAAUCCUCCAUUCGCUUCAAGAACCCCGUUGAAGACGAGGAGGCCAUUCAGAAGCUCUCCAAGGUCAAGGCAUCGGAGCCGACCUCCACGCUCGAGACGUACGCAUGCGUCGGAGGCGAGGAUAGCGACAGCGCCGACUUUAAAAGCGUAAUACGCACUAAGAAGUCGCGCUUAGCUUUCAUACGCAAGGCGGCGCAGUGGGUGCGACAGAGGGGCUUGAGCGGUCUUGUCCUUUACUGGAAAUACCCGACCGAGGCGUCGAGGACCAACCUGAGCACGCUCGUGAACACGAUGCGCAUAUACUUCGAGAAGGACAAACUCCGGAUGGCCGUCGUGGUUCCCUGGAACGUGGUCACUCGCCGGCACGGCUACUUCGUUCGUUCACUGUUCGACCGGCUGGACGUGAUCAUCGUAGACACCCACCGGACCGUGAACUCGAGCUCCUUUCCUGUGACGACUUGCCAGAGUCCCGUGAGAGCCGUGUUCAGGGCCAGGUACCACGGCCAGGCGGGGCUGUCUUCCGUGGUGGAGUCGCUCACCGCAGCCACCACAGAGCACGAAGUCCUCUCCAAGGUCGUCUUCAGCGUCUCCUUGGCUGGAGUGUCGUUCACGCUGAAGCACCCACACCUGAAGAACGGCCGUAUCGGCAUCAAGGCCGUCGGACCGGGCAGGCCGUUUGGCCACACCAACAUGACCGGUAUGGCCAGCUAUUACGACGUCGUGGAGACCCUGCUGGUCAACCGGAGCUGGACGCGAUUCCUGCACGGCUAUUCUCGGUGCGUGGUGGCACACACCCACGACCAGUGGAUCGGAUUCGAAGACAGGGUCAGCCUACGCGCCAAGAGACCCAUCUUGCGCAGAACACGAGGCAUGGCCGUGUGGGACUUGAGCAUGGAUGACUUCGCGGGUGACUUCGGCGCCACGUGGCCACUGCUGCGCGAGGUACAUGACUUGGUGCAGAGUCAGAACCCGUACACGGUGGUGACGGAUACUGUGCCGUUGGGGCCCUAA